GAAAGAAGAAUCAAGCUACAGGACAAGUAACCUGGAAAAUGCAAUGCGCGACACAAGCAAAGAGCAGCUGCAUGUGAAGCUUUGCAAUGGGUCUUGCCAUGCUGAGCAAAUCCUCCAGACACUGAACGCCUACCGGCGUGGUGGCAUCUUCACAGAUGUGGUGUUGUUAAUUGAUGGGCAAGAAUUCCCCUGCCACCGUGCUACUUUGUCAGCCAACAGCACUUAUUUCCGGGCGAUGUUUGGUGGCAAUCUCAAGGAAAGCCACCAGAAUAUCAUCAACAUCCAGAAGAUUUCUGCUUCCACCAUGUCUCUCCUUCUUGACUAUAUGUAUGGGGGGAGCAUUGUCAUUCAGGAAGACAAUGUUGAAGGCAUCUUGGAACUGUCUGACUUGCUGCAGAUCUCCAAGCUUAGGGAUGCUUGCAUCAGCUUUCUUGAAGGCCAGCUUCACCCCUGCAAUUGUUUAGGUAUCAUGAAGUUUGCUGAUUCAUUCUCCAUCACUUCCCUGACAGAAAAAAGCAAGAGGUUCAUGCUGGAGUGUUUCGUGGAGGUGUCAUGCCAUGAAGAGUUCCUAGAGAUGGGUGUGAAGGAACUGGUUGAGUAUUUGUCUGAUGAGCAGCUGGUGGUCCCCAAGGAGGAGGUGGUCUUUGAAGCAGUCAUGCGUUGGGUACGACACGACGUUCCUGCCCGGAAGGGAGCCUUGAAGGAUCUCCUUGAGCACGUCCGUCUGCCAUUGCUCAACCCCACCUACUUCCUGGAGAAGGUGGAAAUGGAUGGGCUCAUCCAGGACUCAAAGGAGUGCAUCCCUCUGCUGCACGAAGCCCGCAAGUACUACAUCCUUGGGAACGAGGUCAGCUCUUUGAGAUCGAGGCCCAGAAGGUUCAUGGAGAUGGCAGAAGUUAUCAUCAUCAUUGGGGGCUGUGAUAAGAAAGGACUUCUGAAGCUGCCCUUCACCGAUCUCUAUCACCCAAAGAGCAGGCAGUGGACGGCUCUCUCCAGUGUGCCUGGCUACACCAAGUCAGAGUUUGCUGCUUGCACGCUGAAGAAUGAUGUCUACAUAUCAGGGGGACACAUCAGCAGCAAUGAUGUUUGGGUGCUGAGCUCCCAGCUGAAUGUCUGGAUCAAGGUUGCUUGUCUGCAGAAAGGCCGAUGGAGGCACAAAAUGGCAACGCUUCAGGGCAAGAUCUACGCCGUGGGAGGCUUUGAUGGUUUCUACCGCCUCUCCAGUGUGGAGUGCUAUGACACCUUCUCCAACAGCUGGUCCACCUUGGCUCCGCUGCCACAAGCUGUGAGCUCGGCAGCCGUGGUCUCUUGCUUGAACAAGCUUUACGUGCUGGGUGGUGCUGUGGAUGACACUGCUAACACUGACAAGGUGGGCUCCUCAGUAAAAUCUUCAGCUAUGAUCCAAGGAAAGACAGCUGGCAAGAAGUGGCUGCCCUCCCUGGGCCUCUGGUAA